UCUUCACUCUUCACCGAGCAUAACACAUUCACUUACAGUCUCUCUUUCACUUUGCUUGACGCAAACUUUCAUUCUCUACCAUACACAUUCACUUCUCGAUCAAUCAAUCGUUUUUCCAACCACACUUUUCAAAAUGAAGGCCUCCAUUGCUGCUUCCAUCUUGGCUCUCGCCGCCUCUGUCGUCGCGACUCCCACCUCCAAGAACCCCUCCAACUUCCACGCCAUUGCUAAGCGCGCCGACUUCCCCAUCCCCGCCUCCAAAGGUUCUGUCACCUACAAGGCGGCCCAAAAGGUCUCUGGCACCUUCGAUGGAGGCAUGAAGACUUACGGCCGUGGUGUUUCCUGCACCGGUCAGGCCGAAGGUGGCGAUGCUGACGCCGUCUUCCUCCUCGAGGACGGCGCUACCCUCAAGAACGCUAUCAUCGGAAAGGACCAGAUCGAAGGUGUUCACUGCAAGGGUGCCUGCACAAUUGAAAACGUUUGGUGGGCCGCCGUCUGUGAGGACGCACUUUCGAUCAAGAAUGACGGCGACGCUUUGGUGAAGGGUGGAGGUGCUACCGGCGCCGAAGACAAAGUUAUUCAGCAUAACGGCAAAGGAACCGUCACCAUCGACGGUUUCACUGUCAACGACUUCGGCAAGCUCUACCGCUCGUGCGGUAACUGCAAGAACAGCGUUGAGCGUCACGUUGUUAUCAAGAACGUCAAGGCGACCAACGGCAAGCUCCUUGCCGGUAUCAACUCCAACUUUGGCGACUCUGCUACCAUUAGCGGAACCUGCGCUACCAGCGUCAAGACCGUCUGCGAGGAAUUCAAGGGAACCACCCCCGGCAACGAGCCCAGCUCCGUCAGCAAGGGCCCCAGCAAGGCCUGCAUCUACACUGCUUCCGAGAUCAAGGGCUGCUAGGC